GGAAGUUUUAGGCACAAACACAUCGACAUUUAAUGAUGUAAAUCUAACGAGAUCUAUACAAUUAUAUGAAGAAAAUAUUAAAGUGAAUGAAAGAAAAUUAUUGGAAUUGCAAAGUCAAAUCGACGUACAUUUAUCGAGCAUCGAUUAUAACAAAUUAUCUGAAUCAGAAAACAACAUUUUCAAGCUUCAACAUCAUGAGUGUCAAAACAAGUUGCAGCAACAAACAGAAAAACAUUUAAUCAAAGUGAGAGAACAGGAAAACCGACUUAAAGUUCUGGAAAGUGAUGUAGCCAAAUACAGAGAAUAUUCUCAGAAUCUGCCCGAAAACUGUUUACAAUACAUUGAGGGUACGUGGAAAAGACAGUUAAUAAAAGUGAGGGAUGUGGAACCCAUAUUCGUUCAAUGUACGACUCACUAUGCUGAGUACGGAUUUCCUUGGAUGGUGAUACAGAUACGGUUUGACGGCAGUGUGAACUUUAACCGAAGUUGGACUGAAUACACACAUGGUUUUGGACACAUCGAUGGGGAGUACUUUAUUGGUUUAAAAGCACUCCAUCUGAUUACAACCUCCAGACCACAUGAGCUGCUAAUUUCAAUGAAAGAUUCACAAAAUGUAAUCCUGAAUGCACAUUAUGAUCAUUUUGUCAUAGGCAGUGAAGAGCAAGAUUUUGCUCUUCUUGGUCUGGGACUAUACUCUGGAAAUGCUGGCGAUACUUUCAGAUAUAAUACCAAUAUGAAGUUCUCAACCUAUGAUAGGGAUAACGAUGAAUAUCGUUACAAUUGUGCAGCUUCUUAUCAAGCUUGGUGGCAUAAAGCUUGUUCUUUCUGUAAUCUGAAUGGUAAACCGCCGGUUUGCGAUACAAGGGGAACACUUUUGAAGCAGGUGCUAAUUAUGAUUCGACCGAAACCGGCAAAUAAUAGACAACUACUCGAAAUAAAUUAAUCAUAUUAUUAAAGAGAUGAUUAUUAACUUAGCU